UUCUAUUUCUAUGGUGAUGAUGAUGAUAUUAGGAUGGUCUUUUUAUUCCCCCAACAAGUUACCACUUCGAAGUGGUUGUUUAUCUUGUCAUAAGAAAAACAAAAUAAAUAAAAUCACAAUGUUACAAAAGACUAGUCAUAUUGCGGUAGUGGGUGGUGGUUUGGCUGGUUUAUCGGCUGCCAUCCAUUUGAUAGAUAAAGGUUAUCAAGUAUCCAUCUACGAAAGUAGAAAAGUAUUGGGUGGGAAAGUAGCUUCGUGGGUAGAUAAAAACGGCAAUCAUAUUGAAAUGGGAUUGCAUGUUUUUUUUGGUUGUUAUUAUGAACUUUUUGGGUUGAUGAGCAAACUGGGAAUGUUGGACAACUUGCUGCUCAAAGAACACGUUCAUCAAUAUGUGAAUAAAGGAGGUAAAAUAAGUGGAUUGGAUUUUCGAUGGGGAUCCAUAGGUGCACCUUGGAAUGGUAUCAAAGCUUUUCUUACAACACAGCAAUUGGAUAUCGUCGAAAAGUUAAGAAACGCUUGGGUACUAGCGACUUCUCCUGUCGUGCGUGGAUGGAUAGAUUAUGAUGGUGCCAUGAGAGAAAUAAGAGCGUUGGAUAAGUAUAGUUUUGCUCAAUGGUUUCUAUCACAUGGUGGUUCAACACACAGUUUGGAAAGACUAUGGAAUCCAAUCGCUUAUGCUUUAGGAUUCAUCGACUGUCAUCAAAUCUCCGCUAGAUGUAUGUUGACCAUUUUUCUAUUAUUUGCUACAAGGAGUGAAGCUUCUGUAUUGAGAAUGUUGAAAGGUUCACCAGCAGAAUAUUUGACACAUCCCAUGGCUGCUUAUUUGCAACAAAGAAAUGCAGAAAUUUUCUUGAGAAAAAAAGUGAGACGUCUAAUCUAUCAGACUGUACAAGACAAGUUGCAAGUGAUUGGAAUGGAAAUUGCAAAGGAAGCAAGAGGAAAUGCCCCUGGAAAGAUCAUUCAUGCAGAUGGAGUGAAUUGAGAAAGUUUCCUGAAUUGGACGGGAUCUUU